GCUUUUAUUUGAAUACCAGUUUAAGCAUAUUUGCAACGAUCGUUAUUAGCUUGAAGAAAUACACAACACUACUUUUCUUGGACAACAUGGCGAAGAAAAACAGCCAAAGGGAUACCUCGGGGGUUGUGUUUGACACUCGCUCAAAGAUGGUCAUGUCGCAGGGAGGAACAGCCGAGAGGAUGAAGGAGAAGAUCAGCGCUGUCAGAGCAGUCGUCCCCAACAAAAGCAACAAUGAGAUUGUUCUGGUUCUGCAGCACUUCGAAAACUGUGUCGACAAGGCUGUUCAAGCUUUCUUAGAAGGUAGUGCCGUAGAGAUCCUGAAGGAGUGGAAUGUCACAGGAAAGAAGAAGCCCAAGAAGAAAAAGAAGCCCAAGCCCCAGGCGGAGGCUUCAGCAGAGCCCGCUCCACCUGAAGCCAUUCAGGAGAGCAAGGAUGAAAUAAAUGGUUUUCACGCCAAUGGAUCAGUAAUGGAUGGAGAGUCGCUGGAUUCUCUGAGUGAACAGUUGGACUCUGCCUCUCUGGAUGCAGCCGAGCUGGACUCUGAACCUGCUUCAUCCGAAACCACUGGUGCAGAAGCAGAAAGUCAAGGAAGCGCUCCAAGUCCUGCCUCUCAGCCGGGAGGCAGGAAUCACCAAGGUCCCAGAGGCAACAAGCCCAGACACAGGCCGGGCUCAAAUUCACAUCCCCCCACUUCCACUUUAGCACUUUCUAAUGAUGAGAGCCAGCAAGGAUCAUCAGGAGUCAAGAAGAUGGCUCCCAACAUUGACCGAUCUGUGAAGGACCUGCAGAGAUGCACAGCCUCACUGACCCGCUACAGGAUGGUGGUCAAAGAGGAGAUGGACUCCUCCAUUAAGAGGAUGAAGCAGACGUUUGCUGAGCUCCAGAGUUGUUUAAUGGACAGAGAAGUGACUCUACGAGAAAUGGACAAAGUGAAAGCAGAGGCCAGUAAGUACUGUAUUUUCAAGUGUAUUUAUCAAACCAAAGCACAUACCACCCGCAAGCCACUAGUAUUCUUUACAUAAUAUGAUCACCUGACUCAAGGGCUCAGAGAAUCUGACCUAAAUCACUACAGGAAAGGUAGUAAAAGAGAUUGUUGUGGAACAGCAAGUCCCAGUUUCUUCAAAACUGCAGUGGUGCCCUCAGGGUAGUGCUAUACCUAGAGCAUACCUGUGUAUAUGUGUGCGCACAACAUGACAGAGCAAGACUGCAUAUUUUCUACAAGUAGGCCAUUCUCUCUCUUUCUGUCCUCUCAGUGUAGAGUGUUGUGUGUUCCAGGUCUGGAAAAAGUGAAUAGUGUCAGGUGUCAAGGGAGACUCAAAGCUGUCUUUGUGCGAGGUGUGUGGGGAAUUGAGAGGAAACCA